AAAGCUCACGCACACCACCGUCGUUGCCAACUGAUCCAAGAUUCCAAGCUUUCAAGAUUCCGCCGCAUUGACGGAUCGAGUAGUGCUGAUAGGGUACGCCCAUGUCCAGGUUGAUGGCCGCCAUGCUUCUCGGAGGCGCGCGGGUCGCCAGCGCCACGGCGCUCACCGGCAACACUGCCGUGAAGGCCAUUCCCAGGCCCUGCUUCCUCGCUCCCCGGCCGCAUGCCGCGAGCUGGAGCCCCAUCUGCAUGCAGACCGCCCCGAGAUCGUCGCAGGCGUAUAACAACGCGCCGGACGACCGGAGGGAGAUUAAGGACAAGUACAGGGGCGCAGCGGAGCAGGCCAAGGAUGCCACCGGCCAUGCCAAGGAGAGCGCGAAGGACCACGCGUCGCGCAUGGCCGACGAGACCAAGGACAGGGCCGGGGACGCCGCCGAGAAGGCCUCCCGCAUGACGGAGAAGGCGAAGCACGAGACCAAAGAGACGGCAAGCCAGGCCGCGGACAAGGCGGGAGAGAUGAAGGAGAAGGCCAAGGAGACGGCGGAGGAAGCCGCGGAGAAGGCCUCCCGCAUGACGGAGAAGGCCAAGCACGAGACGAAGGAGACGGCAAGCCAGGCCGCGCACAAGGCGGGGGAGAUGAAGGAGAGGGCCAAGGAGACGACGGGGCAGGCGAUGGACAAGGCCAAGGAGACGGCGGGCGCGGCCAAGGAGAAGACGGCGGAGGUGGCGGAGGGCGCCAUGGACAAGGCCGGCGAGGCCAAGGACAGGGCCGCGGAGGGCACCAGGAGCGCCGGGGAGAAGGUGGCGGAGAUGACCAAGGAGGGCGCGAGCAAGGUGGCCGAGACGGCGCAGGCGCUCAGCGAGAAGGCGAAGCAGGCGGCGCAGGGCGCCUGGGAAGCCACAAAGGAGGCCGCGCAAGGGGUGAAGGAGAAGGUCGGUACAGAGAGCACGGCGGAGGAGCACUCGACGUGGGACGACGUCGAGGCCGCCACCAAGGAGAGGGACAGGAUCGCGCAGGAGGAGCGGAAGAGGCAGGCCAGGGAGAAGGGCGCCGGCUUGCCGUAGACGAAGAUGGCUGUCCGGCUGGACAUCUCCACGCGUCUAGUGGCCUCUGUUUCGAGUUGAAUUUUAGUUUUCAGCCUCUUCGGUUUACAUGUUGAAUAAUGCUUUGGCAAACAGAUGCGCCGAUGCCUCCCCUGAGAUGAAAAUAUUGGAGCAAUCGUGUAGAAAAAACAAGAAAUUUCUUUUGAGCUCUGCAAUAUGUGCUGUCUCUUUUUUUUUUC